UGUUUCUUAAAAAAAUUGAAGUGAAACUAAUCUGCGGUUUUGUGGUCGAAGAAGGUCGUUAAUCCGAUUGAAAGUGUGAUCUUAUGAGAAUAUUAUUUUGUACUUAAUAUUUGUAAAUAUUAAAACAAUUAUUUUAAAAAGUACAAUUGUUUUUAGAAACUCAUAUAAACCAAUAAUUAUUUUUCAUUCUUGAAUUAUAUUCGUAUUUGGAUUAUUGAAAUCAAUAAACAUUUAUUCGGAUUAAGACGACUGAAACUGCAAACACGUUGAAUUAAUUACUCGUAAAGCCCUUAGUAUUACAAUGAAGUGUCAAUACCAAAAAGCAUGCACUUUGAUGUAUUACACGCUUCUUGUUUUUCUAAUUAUUGGACAAAAUGCAUCUACCAUCAAAAUUCGACCAGAGAGCUGCACAAAUGCCAUGGGAGACAAAGGAACAUGCAUGUUUGUAUGGCAAUGCAUCAAAUCAGAUGGUGUUCAACUCGGACCCUGCGUGGACCGUUUCUUGGUAGGAACAUGCUGUUCAUUGCCAAAAGAGGAAGAUAAUCUAGUUCCAGGAUCCUCAGGGUCUUCUAGCAAUUCAUCUAUGCCACCCUUUUCUCCUCCAAAAGGUGAUUUGCCUAAUAAAGUGAAACCAGCCGCUUCUAGUGUUCAAACAACAGUAGUGACAAAACCUCCAAUCCUCAUGACAACAGCUCCGCUGACGAUUGGCACGUUUAAUUUUCCAACAACGAAUGCAAGGCCUAUAUCAUCAUCUACCAUUCAAUCAACAGUGGCUCAACAAACGUCAUCAACAACAACAACAGCCAAGCCUGAUAAUAGAGAUUCUUUAGAAUGUGGAAUUCCAGCCUUAUUUCCGAAGAGUAAAGUUGUUGGUGGAACACAUUCAUCUUUUGGAGAAUGGCCUUGGCAGGUGUCUGUGCGAAGGUCAUCAUUCUUUGGUUUUGCGAGUACACAUAGAUGUGGAGGUGCUAUUCUAAACGCCAACUGGAUAGCCACUGCAGCUCAUUGUGUUGAUGACCUGCUCAAGUCUCAAAUACGAAUUCGUGUAGGGGAGUUUGAUUUCUCUACAGUACAAGAACCGGCCCCUUUCCAAGAAAGAGGUAUAGAGAAGAAAGUGGUACACCCAAGAUACAACUUUUUCACGUACGAGCAUGAUCUAGCUCUUGUGAAGCUGGAGUCUCCUCUAACUCUUCAACCCCAUGUCAGGCCCAUAUGUUUGCCCGAUAUGGACGACACAUUCAUUGGACUGAAUGCUACAGUGACUGGAUGGGGAAGACUGAGUGAAGGUGGUACUUUGCCCUCCAAACUACAGCAGGUACAAGUGCCAAUCAUCAGCAACGAAAAGUGUCAACAAAUGUUCCAUACUGCGGGGCGGCAAGAAAGUAUUCCGGACAUUUUCUUAUGUGCAGGAUAUGAAGCAGGGGGACGAGAUUCAUGUCAGGGAGAUUCUGGAGGCCCGUUGCAAGCAAAGAGGAAAGAUGGACGCUGGUUUCUCGCUGGUAUUAUAUCCUGGGGCAUCGGCUGUGCAGAGCCUAACAUGCCUGGUGUCUGCACUAGGAUAUCUAAAUUCACGAACUGGAUUAUGCAAGUGAUUAGCUGAGGUUUUUUUUUUUAUUUUGACGGUAGAUGCUAAACAUGUGUUGGUGACGCCAUAGCCAAAUGUGAUAAAUCUUUGCAAGAGAAGGACUUUUCUCUGGAAAAAAAAGUGAGAAGAACUAUUAGUGUAGCAGAAGCUGGAACUUCUAAACUAUGUUAGUCUAUUCAUAAAACUCGUCAUUUGGCUAUGAUUUAACAGAAAGCGAACGUGCUUUUGAGGUAAAUAGUUCAAAACUAGUGAUUCGUCUAUCAUAAGUGAGUUAUAUUUAUCAAUUUUCAUUACUUGUGUCACAAAACCUGAAUAUUUUGUUCAGGGAAAUAUUUUUAGUGACCUGAUGUAUAUCAGACUGACUUGUCUACCG